AUGAGCCCUUUGCUUCAAGCAGACGAGGCUGCACGGGGCCAGCGGGCUCUCGACUGCUUCCAGGUGGCCCAGCCAGUGCUGGGCCCCAAGGGCCCCGUCUACCAAGAGGUACGGCGUGGCAACGAUGACAAGGGGAAAGACUCGGCGGGUGCCUGCACGGUGCAAUUGAUGGAUCACUCGUUUGGAAACAGCUUUGGCAAGCCCUUCGUCGGCGACUACACACCUCCUGGGUGCGACUUCAACCGCGUCAUUGUGAACUUUACUGCCACUUCUGCAGGCCGUCAACUGGACCGGCUGGCCUUGCUGUAUCUCGGCGACACGGAGGUAUGGAGAACCUCCACUGCGGAGCCCAGGCUGGCGCCCGGAAUCAUCUGGACCUAUUGGAAGGACAUGACGCCGUAUCUGAGCAUGUGGAAAACCAAGCAGAAGGUGAUAUUCGACCUCCCAAACCUCAUCGCGACCUUCUUCAAGAGCGACGUGGUCACUGGCCUCGCACCACCAGCCGAUCUCAUCGUGCCCAUCUCGUCCCGCAACGCAUCAUCCAAUACAGGCAGUGCCUGGCAGGUGCCCGAGCGUGAGGCCGUGAGCACCGUCAAAUUUCCGCGCAAUGCCAAUCGAGCAGUCUUCUCCGUCUCGGCCAACGGCCAAGGGACCGAGGAAUUCUGGUGGAGCAACGUCCUCCAGAGCGAUGCCGCGGCUUUCAAUGCUACUGUCGGCAUGGCCCCAGCCGGAAGCCCCUGGCGUGAGGUCCAGGUCCUCAUCGACGACAAGCUGGCCGGCGUGCAGUGGCCCUUCCCCGUUAUUUUCACCGGCGGAGUCGUGCCCAGCUUCCAUCGCCCGGUUGUCGGUCUCGACGCCUUCGACCUCCGGGAACACGAGAUUGACAUCUCGCCCUGGCUGCCCGUCUUGAGCGACGGCAACGAGCACACCUUCAAGAUCAAGGUCGCCGGCCUCGCCGAUCAAGGCGACAAGACCUCUGUGAACACGACUGUCGGCAACUUCUGGGUCAUCUCGGGCAAGGUUUUCUUGUGGCUUGACGAAGAAGGAUCCGUCACCACCGGACGACCGCCUACCGUUGACAUUUCCGAGCCGGACGUUAAGCUGACGGGUCGAAUGCUGAAACAAAAUUCGACCGGCGCAAAUGAGUCCCUCGCCUUUAACCUCGAGGUGACGCGUUCCAUCUCGGUCAAGGGUGAGGUCGUCUCAAAGAAGGGCACCAUGAACCCCGUGUGGAGCCAGAAGCUGUCUUACAGCAACCAGGCGACAAUCAGCGAGUUCGGGCGCAACGGCUUCAACAACUUCAUAAUCACCGGCACGGAUGAGCUCAGCGGCCAGGGGUCUUACAAGUCGACGUACUCUUUCCCGCUGAUUGUCGACCAAAUCUCAAACAUGACAGCCGCCGGCGACCUCAGCCUCUCGGCGACGCUAUUCCAGGAACUGAAGUUGGAGGUCGAAGGCGUCGGCGUAUACCCAACGGGGCUUGAAGUGUACAACAACCCAAACCGCACCGAACGCCAGGGCAAACCCGGUGACUACAGGAUAGCAAAGCUCUCGACCUUCCGCAACGGCACCGCCAAAUUCAAUAUGCCGGCAGAUAUGAAGAGCAGUUCAGCCUCUGGCACAAUCCGCCAGGUACUUAGGUUCAGUGGCGGUCGAGAAGGAGGAGCACGUGACGUGGAGCUAUACUCGCGCCAGGUUCGAGCCACCAACAACACCGUCUUGUCUGAUGAAGAAAAGUCUGCCGAUAGCCAGCCGAGAGUGCUGCUAUCGGAGGAAGUCAAUUAA